AUGAGGGCUGGUGAGAAUGAGCCAGGCCCUGUGGGUCGCCGCGUCUUUGGAGUUAGCCGGCGUGUUGACAGACCUACGGGUACGGGUGGCCGAGUAGCCAGGCCCCAGUGUGAGGUCGCACGCGUCUUUGGAUUAGCCGGCGUGGUGACAGACCCCGUACGAGGCCGGGUGCGUCCCGUCGAGCCAGGAUUGAUAGGAAAGAGCUACGUGUGGCUUGAUCCCUUAGUAGGACACCACUUAGGUGGUUUUAUCGAGUAUGAUGCGGACCUCGUGGUUGGUCCCGAAACUUGGGUUGAAUUGAGGCUUGUCCGGUGGACUGAGCCGGAGGCCAUUUAUGUGGAAAUUUUGGGGAAUGUUCAAUUUACAGGGGAGACUCUGCCGAAAUUUUGGCAGAAAGUCUCGUGCCCUAAAUCCUCUCUGGUAAAAGAGGACAUAGUUUUAAGGAGUGAACCCGGCGUGGGUGUGAUGCCGGGGUCUCCGCAGGGUUCGUCUCGGGUUCCGGGAAAUUCGGGACGGGUCCUGUCAGCUUGGUAUCAGAGCUUAGGUUCAAUUUCUUGUGGACCCGCACCUUGUGUGCAUCCUUAA